UUACCCAAUUUGGAAAAUAUACGAAACUGGUGCUAAUCUUUUACUGGUGAAUCAAUUAGCAUAAUCAAUCAUCACUAGAAAAAAUGUCUUCAGGAGGAUCUGGUUUCAUAGAACAAUUGGAGUCAAAUCCCUUUUUCAAGAAUGGUGGUGUUUUUGUAACAAUUGCUAUAAACGUUAUUUUACUGGUAAUUGUUAUGAGCAUCUAUGUUUGCUGCAUUCGAUACUGCACAAUAUUCAAUGUGAGAAAGAAGAAGAGACUCAUAGCCAAAUGUUUGAAACGAGAGGAUGAAUUAUUUGUGGAACAACAGUCACACACAAGAGAUUCUGAAAACAAUCACAACAAUCAAGAAGACGAGAUUCGUGAAGAAUCAAACAGUGAAAGAGAACAUCAUGAAUCAAACAAGGGAAAAUCUCUUUCCAAAACAGUUGACCAACAUGUAGAAGAUGACUCUUCCUUUUUCGAAGUUAAAGAUUUGAGAGCAAAAUAUUUAAGCAAUCAUUGCCUCUCUGAUUGGUAUUUGAGAAGUGUCUUUUUCUGGAGAAUUACAAAGAGUUUGAUUCAGGCACCUUUUCUAAUCAUCUAUAGAACUCUAUUUAAUGGAAGAAACAAGUCAUGGUUCGGUGCAGCCAUCAAGGAGGAAAAGAGAGUGAUUAGAAAUUAUGGAAGAGAUGUUCUGACAUAUAUCAAAUUCCAUCAGCUUUUAUGGUGGGUCUUUACCAUUAUGUUAGUAUUAUUCAGUGCCCUGCUGUAUCCAAUUCACAUAACCAAUCAGGGAAAUUUGGAUCCAGCACAGAAGGAGAAAUUUUCCAAGAAUGUUACUGGACUAAAGGUUGGAUCAUCAGAUCAAUUUCUUGUCGUUUCUUCAAUUAAUACAGUGAUUGGUAGACCUGAUAUAUUGAUUCUACAUGUAAUUCUAUCAGUCAUUACGGUUGCUCUCGUUCUUGCAAUGCUUCUUCUCUUCACAAGGGAUAAAUCAUUGAGAGAUUAUGAUUACUGUGGUUGUGAUCAAGAGGGAAUCUAUGGAUCCUUCUCUCCUUACUUGCCUCAUUACUUUGGAGCAGAAUUUGCCUUGAAAACUCAAAACAUGUCCCUUGGAACGCCUCACGAAAAUCUCAAUUACAAAUCCCUAUCUCCAUUCACAUUGGAAAUUCACAACAUUCCCAAGCAUUAUACAAAUAAGGCGCUUUUUCACCAAUUGAUGAAGAAGAUAUUCAGUCACAAUGCAACUGAUUUGAAUGCUCCAACAAAUCCACAUAUUCUCUCAUCCUAUCAUGUUAUUAAUUUCGCAAAGAGAGAAAAGCUGCAACAGAAAUUUGAAACUCAAUUGGAUAAUCUUGAAGGUUACAAUUGGCAACUUGAAACAAAGAAUACGAGACCCAAGAAGAAGUGUUUCUUUCAGAAGCAAGAUGAUGGCGAUUCCAAGAGAAAACUAAUUCAGAGCAAAGAUGCAAUCGUCUUUACAAAAGAGAAAAUUAGAAACUUGAAUACAGAAAUUGAAGAUUUAGAGGAAGAAUUAACACUUUCCAGUAAUUAUCCAAACAGAAUUAGUAGUUCCAUUCAGGGAAGUGGCAUUGGUUAUGUGGUCUUCUCUUCUAGAAGUUCAAUCGUUUAUGCUCUCAAGAAGUUUACAAAAUUGGGAACAUUCAAAGUUUACAAAAUGAAGGAAACUGAUGAUAAUGGACAAGAGAUUGAAAAAUUGUUCACUCCUGCAGAAAGAAACCAACUUCCAAUAGAUGCCAAAGUAACAUGCAUUAGAAUGAGGGCCACUAAUACCAAUUAUGAGCAAAGAGAUUGCUUCUGGACUACUCUCUAUACAAUGUAUCAACAUUCAUGGAUCAAGCCAGUUAUUUUGAAAAUUACAAUCUUUAUCGUUAUUCUGAUCAUAUUUGUAUUUUUCACAACACCCGUAGUUAUUGUUUCAUCCAUUGAUACCUUUUUUGCAAUUCCACCAGUUACAGAGACUAUUAAGAAGAUUGUUGAAGUUGGUGGUCCAAUGAUGUCUGUUAUAUUCCAGUAUAUUCCCUCAUUAUUGUUGGUGGCAAGCUCUGCUUUGAUUCCAGUAUUCAUUUACCAGUUGACCAAACUUGAGGAUAUGAAAACAUUCAGUGAGUUUAGUAGAACUAUUCUCAGAAGAAUAACAAUAUUCCUCUGGCUCAACGUGUUCAUUCUACCAACUCUAGUUUUAACAACUUUGGAUGGCAUAACAAACUUUUUCACAAAUCCAGACAGUUUGGCAAAUGUCUUUAAGAAUUUAUUCAUGUCUGACAAUGGCUCUCUGUUCAUCAACUUUAUAUUGAAUAAGACACUAUAUGGGCUGGCAUUUACUUUAAUGCCUCUCUUAUCAUUGAUUCUCUAUUCGGUUUUCACAUUGUGUACCAGCAGUGUCAGUAAGAAACUCAGAAUAAGCAGAAGUAUGAAACCAAAAGACAAAUUGAAAUGGGCCGAAGGAGAUUCAUUCUCUCUCGAGUAUUCCUAUGCCUAUUCGAUCCUUAUUAUGGCUAUUGUUUUCACCUUUAGUUUAUUUUCACCAUUUAUCUUACUGGUGACCUUUAUUUAUUUCACUCUGAGGUAUUAUGUUGAGAGAUUCACCAUUGGAAGAAUUUAUUCACAUAGACUCCUUCAGCAUCAUCACAAGAAGAAGAGGCAUCUCAUCACAAGUCAGGGAUACUAUCUCAGUGACAGUGCAGACCAAACUAUUUCUCCUGCAGUUGUGAGACAUAGUUUUGGAUGCUUGUUUGGAUUCAAAACAGAUUACGUUGCUCACAGAAGAUCCAUGCUCUUGAUUUCCAAAUUGUGUAUUGUUGCCCUUAUUAUGUUUACAGUGUAUUGCAUGCUAUUCUUUGCAUUCAAAACUCCUGAAAGUCAAUACUUUAUUUUCCAUGUUACUAUUGAGGCAAUUUUAACCUUAUUCCUUCUUAUUGUGUUCUUUGCUAUCGAAAUUAAAAUGACAAGAGACAUUAGAACAUUGAACAAGCAACCUUUAAUAGUUAAUGAGGAAAGUGCUAGCAAGAAAACCUUGUAUGAACCAAGCAAUUAUUGGAAUUACAAGAAAAUGUUCAAUGACACUGUAACCAACUUAUAAUAAAUUUAUCUUAAAUCUACAAUUUUUG